CCCUCCAUCCUCAAAUCUCAAACUUUUCUUGUUCAACAAAGACAGCAUAAAACUUUAACGAUACACACCCACACAAAACUCAGCCUUUUCUUGUUUAAUUAUGGCCUCCUCUUUCCUUUCUUCCUCCUGUUGUUCUUCCUCCUUGAAGAGAAUCAAUGCUGCUCUAUCCAUCCCUAAGCUUCCACCAGUCCGUAUCUCAGCUCCCAAAAAGAUUCCCACAAAAGAAAAGAUCCAGGGAUUCACGCCCGGAAACAAAAUCACAAUAAAAAACGAUGUCUCCAUUACAACAUUACAAGAACAGAACAUUUCUUUAAGAAGCGAUUCUAUUGCAACUUUGGAGAUGUAUGCUAUAUUGGAAGCGGUGGUAGACAGGGUGGAAAUGCACCAUAACAUCGGCGAGCAGCGAGAUAACUGGAAUACCCUUCUCCUUAACUCCAUCAACAUGAUCACUCUCACCGCCACCACCAUGGCUGGCGUUGUUGCAACUGGUGCCGUUAACCAAGGUGGUUCAGGUUUGGCUUUGAACUUGGCAUCCACCCUCUUGUUCUCCGCCGCCACAGGGAUGUUGGUUUUGAUGAACAAAAUGCAACCUUCACAGCUUGUGGAAGAACAAAGAAAUGCUACGAGAUUGUUUAAGCAGCUACAGAGUCAAAUUGAAACUCAACUAGCUCUCGACUCUCCGACCAAAGAUGAUGUUAAGGACGCAAUGGAGAAGGUCCUGGCACUAGAUAAAGCUUACCCCCUUCCAUUACUCGCAGGAGCAAUGCUUGAAAAGUUCCCUAAAACUCUCUCCCCUACUGUUUGGUGGCCGAGAAAUUCUCAAAACAGAGCACGGAAACAGAGUAAAACAGAGCAUAAUGGAUGGAAUGAGGAUUUAGAAAUGGAAAUGAGAGACAUUGUGGAUGUCAUCAAGAGAAAAGACAGAGAAGAUUACGAGAGACUUGGCAACAUUGUAUUGAAGACCAACAAAGUUUUAGCUGUUGCAGGCCCCUUACUAACGGGCAUUGCAGCUAUUAGCUCUGCUCACGGCGGUUCAUGGGCAGCAACAAUGGCUGCCAUGGCCGGAGCUUUGGCUACCUCUGUUAACACCUUAGAGCACGGUGCACAAGUUGGUAUGGUGUUCGAGAUGUACAGAAACUGCGCCGGAUUCUUCAGCCUUGUGGAGGAAACAAUUGAAUCCACACUCAAUGAAAGUGAUGUUGAAAAGAGAGAAAAUGGGGAAUUGUUGGAACUGAAGUUGGGGUUGCAGCUGGGGAGAAGCUUGUCGCAGGUUAAAGAACUUGCUAAAAAAUCAAGGUAUUCUCAGAUUGAAGGAGUUACCAUUGAUGAAUUUGCAAGCAAGAUUCAUUGAUUGAAAAAGCUUCCUACAAUUGUAAAGUCUGAUUCCUUGGAAAAAUGAACUGAUUCUUUUGUAUAAUUAUUCAGUAUGAAAAAAAAUAAUAAUAAAGGUUGAAUCUUUGA